AUGAUAGAUAAAUGCUAAGGCAACAAUAUUUGGAUUCUAAUGCAAGGUGAGAAGGAGUUUUAUGGAACGCUAAGAGGAUUCGAUGAGUACUUUAAUUUGAUCCUAGAUGAUGUUAAAGAAUAUUAAGAUUUUGGUGUUGGGGGUAAAAGAAUACUUGUAAAUAAAGUUGAAUCUAUGCUACUUAAUGGUUCACAUAUUAGUAUGCUGAUUCCUGGAGAUAACCCUCCGCCUAAUGGUGAAAAUGAAAAGUGA